AUGCACUUCUCUUCCUGGACACCGCUUGCGCUCUCUCUUCUCACCAUUUCCGCCACUGCGGUCCCCAUCCUCGAAGCUCGCAAAAAUGGUGGUGGUGGUGGUGGCGGUGGUGGCGGUGGUGCUGCUGCCACAAAGGGCGGUCCGGCUUCAGCAAAGGUCACCAUAUAUAGCAGCUACACUUGCGCUGCACCUAAUACUGUAAGACAAGGCAUCAAAGCGUUUCGAUGGAUGUGGAUACUGACGAGCUCCAAGCCUCCACCUACGGAUGGCACCGCUGGCACAUCUGUUUCAUUCAGCGUCACAGAAGCCCAAUGCACAAUUCCCAACACAGGAUUACAGUCAUAUGGAGCCUUGACUGCGACUCUGACUGCAUCGCCCAAGACAGGCACACCUGGAUGCUACAUCGUUGCCCAUAGUCAACAAGGUUGCGGUAUCGUCUUGUCAAACGUAAUGUAUGGAUGGCCAGUGGCAGGAACCAACGUCGGAGAUUCGCUUGGGUGUGGCAAUGCUCCCGCUGGCACUACAUGGUCCGCCUUUGAGAUUCUCUGCCCUUGA